GCCGGGUUGUGUGUGAGAGCUGGGGGGGAGUCCGCUCCGCUAUGCCUGGCUAUUCGUACCUGCAGCCGCCGCUGCAGCAGCGCGACGUCGAUCUCGACCGCGGCGGCAUCGUGCUCGUACGACCGCACCACGCCGAGGAGCUCCGACUCGUCGAGCCGGUUGCGGUGCGUGUGCCUACCCCACGCCCGCCGGUGUGACCACGGCGCCGCCCGCCGCACAGCUUCGCGCAGCUGCGGGCGGUGGGUGCCGCAGCGCCGUCCAAGUCUUCUCAGCGACGCGCCCGUCGACCCGCAAGCCGCACUGCGCCUGCGAGAGCUCGACGGCGGCCGUCAUCCCUCGGCUGCAUCUCGGCUUCACCUCGGCUCCACCUCGGCUACAUCUCGGCUUCACCUGGGUUGCACUUCGGCUGCAUCUCGGCUUCACCUGGGCUGCACUUCGGCUACAUCUCGGCUUCACCUGGGCUGCACUUCGGCUACAUCUCGGCUUCACCUGGGCUGCACUUCGGCUACAUCUCGGCUCCACCUGGGCUGCACUUCGGCUACAUCUCGGCUCCACCUGGGCUACACUUCGGCUACAUCUCGGCUGCACCUCGGCUACAUCUCGGCUGUAUCCGCGCCUGGAAGAGCUCGAGGCAUUGCUGCGUCAGCGGCCUAUAGUGCAGCUAUAGUGUGAGUACACCAACAUUUUGGGCGGGAGUACGGUCUCGUGCCGCGUACUCGGAGCACCGCGUGAAUACACGCGGCUACGAAUACCGCUGAAUACGGCCGCAGACAGCCGAGUGCGUCUCCUCUCGAGUGCCAGUUGGGACUGCAGCGGUCCCCAUCCCGCUUCUAGGCUCCUCGGCC